AUGCAGGACUACGGCAUUGGAGAUGGGCACUACUGCACACAGGAUUGCGAGGGAAAUCGUGGAACGGAAGGAAUGGGAUGCCUGUCCUGUGCCAGGGGUAAGUUUCUGCCGGCCCAUCCCUUCUCCUAUCCUUUGUGGGCCCAACCGGGGGCUUCCAUCUUCCAGGAGGAGCUGAACAUUGUGGUGGCGGACACCUGCCCCAACCGCGGCAAUGAGGCCUGGUGCCCAAGACAUGAGGGCCACCCGAAUAAGUUCGGCGUUAAGCACCACUUCGACUUCGCAAAUCCGCCACCGAAGUACGACAACUACUACUUCGUGUGGUCGAGGAUUGAGUGCCCACAGAGCCUGAAGCAGCGCUAUACGCACCUUAGCAGGUGCUAA